CAGAAAGGUGGGGAAAUGCAUGGAGGCAACCAGAGUUGGGUCUCAGACUUCAUACUCCUGGGGCUCUCUGAGAAUCCUGAAGACCAACAGGUCCUGUUCUGGAUGUUCCUGCUCAUGUACCUGGUCACAGUAGUGGGAAAUUUGCUCAUCAUCCUUGCCAUAGGUACUGACUCACGUCUGCACACUCCCAUGUACUUUUUUCUGGCCAAUCUCUCCUUCACAGACCUCUUCUUUGUCACCAACACAGUCCCCAACACACUGGUGAACCUUCAGUCCCAGAACAAAGCCAUUUCCUAUGCAGGAUGUCUAGCACAGCUCUACUUCCUGGUCUCCUUGGUAGCCCUGGACAACCUCAUCCUGGCCACAAUGGCAUAUGACCGCUAUGUGGCCAUCUGCCGCCCCCUUCACUACACCACACUUAUGAGCCGUGGGCUCUGUAUUUUGUUCCUCACCUUAUGUUGGGUGUUCUCUGUUCUCUAUGGCCUCAUCCACACCCUCCUCAUGACCAGGGUGACUUUCUGUGGGUCUCGGAAGAUCCACUACAUUUUCUGUGAGAUGUACGUCCUGCUGAGGAUUGCAUGUUCCAAUACUCAAGUCAAUCACAUGGUAUUGAUUGCCACAGGAUCCCUCAUAUUCCUUAUGCCCUUUGGCUUCAUGAUCAUGUCCUAUGUCCGGAUUGUCAGUGCCAUCCUCCGAAUACCAUCAGCCUCCAGCAAAUACAAAGCCUUCUCCACUUGUGCCUCCCAUCUGGCUGUGGUCACCCUCUUCUACGGGACACUUUGUAUGGUAUAUCUGAAGCCCCUCAACACCUACUCCAUGAAGGACUCAGUGGCCACAGUGAUGUAUGCUGUGGUCACUCCCAUGAUGAACCCUUUCAUCUACAGCUUGAGAAACAAGGACAUGCAUGGGGCUCUGGGAAGACUAUUCCUAGGAAAAGCCUUCCAGAGGUUCACAUGA